GUCUCGGGAUCGUCCACCCCCCCUGCGCGCGCGCGCCACGAGGGGGGCAGGAGGAGGGGGAGGAGGGCAGAAAACCGCUUCCUGAGAGUCGGGAGGUUUUUUUCCCCCCGCGUGACUUUUGUGAAGGAGCCGCCGAACCCGAACCGAGCCGGUGAUGCCUGUCCUCUGGACCGUCACCUCCGUCCUGCUCCUGGUCUCCUCCGUGGCGGGACCCUGGAGCGGCCUCCAGGAGAACGAGGUGGAGAAGGUGGACCCGAAGAGGAGACCCGGCGAUGGAGGAGAAGAUUCCAGGUCUCAUCAGGUCAUUGAAAACGCCCUCCUGAAGCUCAGUGAAGCCCUGUGGAGCCACACGGACUCAUCCCAGCUGCCUCCUCCUGCUCCUCCGAGCUCCACUCCUGCUCCUCGGUGUCCGGGGAACCAGCAGAUGCAGAAGAGCGGCUGUGGAUGUCCACCUGGAGCCACGAAGACCGGAGACACCUGCAGCUGCGCCGUGGGGUUCGCUCUGAACACGGGGGGGGAGUGCACAGAUGUUGAUGAGUGUGGAGGAGACGAGCCGUGUGGCCCCCACGCCAUCUGCACCAACACCAGGGGCUCCUACUCCUGCCGCUGUAACCGUGGUUACCUGAUGGGCUCCGGAGGGUGCCAGGACGUGGACGAAUGCGCGCUGGCGGAGGUGACGGGCCUGCUGGCGUGUCAGAGCGACGAGGAAUGCACAAACACCCUGGGCUCCUUCAUCUGCUCCUGCCCCACAGGAUACGUGAGGGCUCUGCACGGGCAGGGAUGUGUCGAUGUGGACGAGUGCAGCUUCGAGGAGCAAUGCCGGCGUGAUCUGGGAAACGUGUGCGUGAACACGGCGGGCAGCUUCCUGUGUCAGUGCGGGCUGGGAUUCAGAGCGGGAACCCCCGGCUGCCUCGAUGUGGACGAAUGUCUGGAGAGUCCCGGGUCGUGCGAUGGGCGGGGGGUGUGUGAGAACACGUUUGGGAGCUACAAGUGUGUUUGUCCACCCGGUUACCGUGGAAACGGCUCACACUGUGAAGACGAGAACGAGUGCGCCUCAGGGAGCCACAGGUGUGACAUCAACGCGCGGUGUGGCAACGUGAUCGGCUCGUAUUUCUGCCAGUGUUACCAGGGCUUCAACGGUGACGGGCACACCUGUUACGACAUCGACGAGUGUCUUCUGAACGCCGGCGGCUGUGAGCACAACUGCACCAACGAGCCGGGGGGGUACAGCUGCAGCUGCGCCGCAGGUUACCAGCUGGAGCAGGACGGACACACCUGCACAGAUGUGGACGAGUGCGGCGGUCCGGGCGCGCCCUGCCAGCACAUUUGCAUCAACACUCGGGGCUCUUUCGGCUGCUCCUGCAGGCCGGGCUUCCAGCUGCACAUCGAUGGCUCCACCUGCGUGGACGUCGACGAAUGCAAACUGCAGAACGGCGGCUGCUCCCACGUCUGCACCAACAGCGCGGGAGGACACGCCUGCAGCUGCCCCGCCCCCCUGCUGCUGGACCGGGACCAGCUCACCUGCACCAAUGCUACUUCCUGUACGUGGAGGAACGGGGGCUGUGACCACGGCUGUACGGUGUCCGCCGAGGGACACAUCCAGUGCAGCUGUGGAAGCGGCUGGAAGCUGGCGGAAGACGGCAGGAGCUGCGAGGACGUGGACGAGUGUGGAGACUUCACAAACGGAGGUUGUGAGCAGCUCUGCCAGAACCGGCCCGGCGGGUUCAACUGCAGCUGCAAGGACGGGUACGAAGUGCGGGCGGACGACCCCACCAAGUGCCUGCCCGUGUGCGACCCCCCCUGUCAGAACGGCGUCUGUGUCGGCCCAAAUACCUGCGAGUGUCCUCAGGGGUUUCCUCGCUCUGGCUGCUCAGCCGUGUGUUCCCCCCCCUGCGCUCACGGCGGCACCUGUGUGCGCUGGAACCAAUGCUUGUGUCCUCCAGGUUGGACGGGAGCCACGUGUCACACAGCCGUGUGCGAGUUACCUUGUGCUAACGGGGGCCGCUGUGUGGACCCCGACACCUGCCAGUGCCCCUCCGACUACACCGGCCCUCAGUGCCUCUCGCCGCUCUGCACUCCUGCCUGUCAGAACGGAGGGAGGUGUGUGGACGUCAACAAGUGCACCUGUGCUGGAGGAUGGCAGGGAGCGCGCUGCCAGAUCGAGCCGGUCCGGUGUCCCAGGCCGUGUGAGAACGCAGGUGUGUGCGUGGGCCUGAGCCGCUGCCGCUGCCCCAAAGGCUUCAGCGGGACCUUCUGUGAGAGCGCCGUCACCACGCCCUGCGUGCCCCCGUGUCAGCACGGCGCCACCUGCAGCCCUCACAACACCUGCACCUGUCCUCCGGGCACGGCGGGCCUGCGCUGUGAGAAACUAACCUGUCCGGUCAUCACCGUGGUGGUCAGCAUGGCGAGAGCCGUCAGGAAGGCCUUCAGGGAAAGCUUCGUGGAUCGCUGCGGACCUCUGGGAGUUCAGCUGUGCACCAAAUACAGGAUAAACCAGGCCCGGGUCUACCUGCAGGCCUACAGGGUCGGCUACAGGAUCCAGUGUCCCGAGAAGACCGGCAGAUAAGUUCUGGUCCGGCUCGACUGGAAAAGGAUCCAACGUCCAGACACCUUCAAUGUGUCACCGUUUUUAUCCUGGUUCCUGUUGAGGAUUUUCGUUCUUAUUGACGUUUAUUGAUCCAGUUUGAACCAAUCAGAUGAAAAGAAUAAAUCCACGAUCCGUCAAAGUUUACUGGAAGAACAGAAUCUUAAUGAUUGUUUUAACUGGAAAACUUUUGAUCCAUAAAGUUUUAAAUCUGUAUUAAGACACUAAAGAGUUGACAAACUUAUUUGGAGAAUUUGUGUUUUUUUAAAUAUCCAAACAAUAAAGAUUCACAAGAAACACGACAGGUGAGUCGUGAACGUUUGAUCGUGCAGAAUUCUUCAUGUCAAAGUCAACUUUUUAAAAAGGCUUAAGAUGAGGACUAACUACUAACUAACUACUAACUAACUACUAACUAACUACUAACGCAGCACUAGCAGGAUCCUUGUUCAGUCUGCAGGAUUUGGGGGCGGGGUUAAUAAAUCUGUGACACACCUGCGUA